UUAAAGGGUACAAGCGCAAGGAGAGCGAGCGGUCAGCAGAAUGGGCAUGUCUGGGCAAGAGGAGGACGGUGCCCUCGUGAAGUUUUGAGUUUGUUAGUUUGACAGAUAUUGUAUUCAUUUACACGUUUGUUGUUUUAACGAGAUGGGUUUUAUUGCGCCACUGUAAGCGAUAACCCCAGGACAGACGCGUUUGUGUACUUGAUCUCGCAAUCGUUUUGAAGUCCACGUACGCAUCGCGACAGAGCUGUUGAGAAAAUGUUGAUCGAACUGCGUUGCGACUUCAAUGCCAGGACGCCGGAGAUGGAAGGGAGCGGCGUGCACGCGCACUGCUCCGCGUGCGUCAGCCGCCGGUGCAAGACGCGCGCCGCGCCGGGCAUCGCGUGCGAGCUGCUGGCGUGCCCAGCCUCCUGCGGCGCCGUCUUCCACGCCUGCAAGAGCCAAGAGCACCGGCUGCUGUGCCCGCAGGAGCGCGUGCCGUGCCUCAACAAGGCCUACGGCUGUCCCUUGACCCUGGCGCGUCGCUCCGUGGGCUCGCACCUGCGCUCGUGCCCUGCCAGCGUGGUGUGCUGCACCAUGGAGUGGAACCGCUGGCCCGUCAGGGUGGGAGAGAACCAGCGGCGCCCGCACGAGACGCAGGGCGCGACGACGUCCGGCGACUCUACGGAGCAGCUGGACAUGGCGUUGGCGCAGAGGGACCAGCGCAUGCUGCUCGAGUCGCUCAAGGUGAUGACGCUGUUCCCGGAGCUGGCGUCGAAGGUGGCCCUCGUCGGAGACAGCAGCGACGACGACGUCUCGUCCGUGGCUUCGGGCUCCUCCUCCGCGACGCCAUCGCUCUUCCUGCCCCCCUCGGCCUCCGUGUCUGUCUCUCUGUCGGAUGGCGAGGCGGGCCCCGCCGGCGCCUCGGUGUCGCCGGGAGCCGUCGGCCGCCACGCCGCUGGUGCCGGCGGCGGAACACUGGAGAAGCUGUACCGCGCCAGCGUCGAGACGACGCGCAGCCUGGCCAAGGCCUACAGCAUCCUGGAGAGGGCCACGCGCGAGAUGGAGCGCAUGGGCCACGCGGCGGGACAGCCGGCGGCCGACGAGGCGCAGGCCAUCGCCGGGCCCAGCGGCCUGGCGCCGCUUUCGCUCGCCGGCAAAGAUCCGCCGGCAGCUGGCGACGGCGUCCGGGAUUCCGGCGGCUCGGGACUCGGGAGGGCUCGAAUCGAACGGUGCGGCGGGCGCGGUGGUCAACGGCAGUUCGGACAGGAUGAACGGCGAGGGGUCGUCAUCGCGGCGGUCUCGAAGAGGCGUUCCCGCGGCGGGCGACGGCGACGGUGGCGAGGUUGGGAGGGCGCCGGGCGUUAUUCCCGCACGACGAGAAGGAACGGAGGCGGCGCCGGCAGCAGCGUCUGCACAGGCGGCGCCCGAUGGGCGAGAUUGCGCCGUGCCACGUUCGCGAGCGUCCCUCAGUGUGGCGCGCUCCGAGGAGUCGCUCAGCAGCUGCGACUCUUACGUGGACGCGGUGGACACGGUGGACGGGGCGGGCGCAGCGAACGCGGCGGUCGACGCGUUUUUAGGCGUGCCGAAUUCGGUGGACUUGGUGAACGUGGUGGACGUGGCCGACGUGGCAGACAUAAUAGACUUCAUGGACACGGAGGACGCGACGGAGGCGUGCGACCCGAUAAACGGGGCCUGGGCCGACGUCGACACCGCCUGCACGAACGGGAAAUCCGGGUCGCGCCGUUCGGUUCACAACGGCCUCGUCGGAUUCGCGCACGUGAACGGGCCGACGCAAAGCGCCGCCUGGGACGGAAGCGCCGACGCGGCCAGCUCCGCUUCGGCGGCGGCAUCGGCGGCGGCUUCCUUGCUGGGCGCCGCCUGCAGCGAGCUGCUCGAGAGAGCGGAGAGCCUCGAGCCGCGAGCCGAAGCGCCGGUGUCGUCGCGCCGCUGGGAGGGCGAGGACUCGGGCGAGCUGGGUGCCCUCGGGGCCUGCGUGAGCCGGCGGCAGCGCGAGGCGGCGCGGCUGCGUCUCCAGGUGCACGGGAGGAGACCGGCGUGGCGCGGCGACGGCGAGCCCGGCGUCGCCUACGCCAACGGCCACGGGGCGGGCGGCCCCGGCGAUCGCACCGCCCCCUGGGGGCACCGCCGAAUGCGCCGGUUGGAGGAGGAGGAGACGCGGCGGCGGUGGCGGCGGUGGCGGCGGUGGCGGCGGAGGUGGUGGUGGAGCAGUUCCCGCCCACGUGGGAGCGUGCCGUGUUCGCCCAGUGGCGGCCACGUGUCUUCAGCGAGACGGACGGGUCCGGAGUUCACGCGGCUCACACCGGAGAGCCGAGGCCGUUCCGGGCGCCCGACUCUUUCCGCCGGUGCUACCUGGGCGACCUGUACCGCUGGAAGCGGCGCAUGCAGGACAAGGCGGUGGACACGGGCGACCUAGCAAGGGAGCGGCGGGGCGGCGAUGACGGCGGCGUCGGGGAGGUGGGGCCGGGCAUCGACCUAGUGACGGCCGCCCUCCUCUUCUGCCUGGACGGGGAGUCGCCGUGCGGGCGCGGCGUGUCGGACCGGCGCGUCUCGCCCGACGGGGCCCGCACCGACACCGGCACGCAGACCUUCAGCCUCCCGUCGGCCGUGUUGGCCACGCGUACCAUGGUGGGCGAGAUGGCCUCGGCGCCGGCCUGCGACCACGCCAGCCCGCAGCUCUCCAACCCGAGCCCCUUCCCGCGGCUGGGCCUGGACCUGGUGCUGGAGUGCGUGACGCGCUACCAGGCCAAGCCGCGCUCCAUGUUCACCUUCGUGUGCGGCCAGCUGUUCCGGCGCGACGAGUUCCCGCACCACUUCAAGAACGUCCACGGCGACAUACACGCGGGCCUCAACGGCUGGCUAGAGCAGCGCUGCCCGCUGGCGCACUACGGCUGCCCCUACACGCAGCAACGGCUCUGCCCGUCGGCGCCCGGCGCCAAGGUGGUGCACAGCACGCGGCUCGGCUCGUUCGGCGUCCUUCCCUUCGUGCCGCCCGAGCACCGCAAGCACGGACGGUCGGCGGCGCCGUCGCCGAUCGCGUCGUCGUCCGACGACGACGACGCGGUUCGCCCCGCGCCGGCGCUGGGCGACUCGGGGGGGGAGCGCGACCGGCUGAGCCGGCUGCCCCUGGAGGUGCUGCAGCAGGUGGCGCGGCGGCUGGACGGGUACAGCCUGUGCCAGCUGUCGCUGGUGUCGCGCCUUCUGCGGGACGUCUGCGGCGGCGUGCUGCCCGAGAAGGGGAUGGUGACGCUGGUGUGGGAGCGCCGGCGCAGGAUCACCGCCAGCGGUGGCGGUAGUUUUACGUGGCGGGUCAAGCACAAGGCAUGGUGCUUCAGCACCGCCUUCUCCCCGGUGUCGCGCUGGGCGUUCGCCGAGGCCCCCAGCAUGGCCGAGCACCUGCGCCGCUGCCGCUACAACGCGGUGGAGCGGCGCCACGACGCCGUACCGCUGCCCUGCAUGUGUGGCCCGCGGCAGCGCACGCGCGAAGGCCGCAGCCUGCGCUCCGUGCUGCGACCCGCCAACUACCCCGCCGCCUGACCAGCUACCUGAUCAGCUACCCCUCCACCUGAUCAGCUACCUGACCAGCUACCCCCUAUCUGAUCAGCUACCUGACCAGCUACUCCCUACCUGACCAGCUAGCUACCUUACCAGCUACUCCUCCACCUGAUCAGCUACCUGACCAGCUACUCCUCCACCUGAUCAGCUAGCUACCUGACCAGCUACCCCCUACCUGACCAGCUAGCUACCUUACCAGCUACCCCUUGGCCUGACCAGCUACCUGACCAGCUACCCCCUACCUGACUAGCUAGCUACCUUACCAGCUUCCCCUCCACCUGACCAGCUACCUGACCAGCUACCCCCUACCUGACCAGCUAGCUACCUUACCAGCUUCCUCUCCGCCCGACCAGCUACCUGACCAGCUACUCCCUGCCUGAUCAUUUAUCUGAUCAGAUACUCCUUUGCCCAAUGAGUUACCCCCCACUGCCUGAUUAUCCACCCCUCUCCCUGUUCAGCUACCCGUUUCACCUGAUCAACUACACCUUCUUAUCAGCUACCCCUCCGUCUGACCGCCUACCACUCAACCUGACGAGGGACAGGAGGGGGUCUGUCUGAGAAGAGGGCGGCGUCUACCUGAUCAGGUGUAUCUGAUUGGGCGUCUGUUUGAUUGGGUGAGGGUCCGUCAAUGUCUAUCUGAAGGACUUGUCCAAGCAGCUCGUCUGUGUGUGUCUUGGGAAUGUCUUGUUUGUCCCAAGUCUUGACUCGUGGAUAGUUUAAGUGGUUGUCAUCUUAAGGGCUCAUGGAUCACAUGGUCCCGUCUGUCUUGAAGGCUCGUCCUGUCUAAUGGUUCCAUCUCGCCAUCUUGUCUCAAGAGCAUGUCUGAAAGUCCCAUCUGCCUGAGAGCAUUUUGUCUGUUUGACUUAAUGGGGGGGGGGGGUCCAUGUCACAUGGUCCCCUUUGAUGGAAGCAACUUUGUUGCAAGGAACCGGAUCGCCGAUGCAUGGACGUGUCCACGCGUAACCAGACGGUUUAAGUUGCGCGGUGAUUUCGAGAUCGAUUCGGUUCUUCAACCGAUCGCUCGAGCGUGACCCGACAGUCGUAUAAACAACUUGAAAUUCCAAACCCCACAGACACCAAUCGAGCAAAGCAAAAGAAAUGCUCUCCCAAUGCCAGCGGUGACAGACGUGGCGUUAAAUUAAACAAAGGCGCCGGCAUGCGGUCGCCCGGAAUUUCACAUCUUGCAUCACCGGCCCUCCUCUGCUGCCCCCCCGCUGUUCGGCUUCGGGGGGGGAGGGGGGCGGCCGUCGGCACGCCGUGACGAUUCAUCGUAACCCCCGUCGCAGACAUCGGGAGCUUCAACUGGUUCCCUUGAAACUCCGACCUUGUCGGCGGCAUGUACACGUGCGCGUAACGACGGGUCGCGCGAUGAUUUCGAGAUCGAUUCGGUUCUACAACCGAUUGCGUUCGGGGCCGCCGUUAUUUCGGUGGAUGCGAAUUGCCGUAAGUGCCAGCGAGGUACGGUGACGGUUUUGGGUGUGUGUCUGUGUGCGCGUCGUUGAAAAUGCGACCGGCAUCUCCAGUCGCCGUACAGAACGGCUCAGAAAUAUAUAUUCCGGAAUCCUCACGACGUCGAUAAACAGAAGCAUUCAAAUCAAACAAGACGAGUUCGUGCGCCGACGAUGGAGCCCACGAGAAGUGCCUCGGCAGUCUCCGUGUGACCAGUGAAGUUGAUGGCGCAGACGCUGUCGGGUAAUGUUGGCAAGAUGGGGCAACUAACAUCGUGGGGCGAGCAGAACUGUACGAGUUAAUAAGGAACGAAACCGCAACUACGGAACCCCGGAUUCGUGACGUAUCAUCGAGACGCUGUGCGGGCGAUGAAUGGUCACGUGCCCGAAGGUCCCCUGUGUAAUCGGGAGUCGCACGAUCAUGCGGGCCGCGGGGGUUACGCGCGAGCAUGGUGUGUGGACUCAACCGGGUUGGACGUGAAGGGGAGACAGAUGGACGAGGAGGUUGGGGGGAGUGGUGUGCAGUGGAUGUGCACCCAUGUGUCGUUAAAUUACGAGGGCGAUCGAAAACUUUUUCCGGCUGACCUCGAAAGCAAUUUACGGACCUUGCUUUUAAGGCCCGAGCACGUUCAAGUGCGAUGUGCCCUCGAUCUUCCAAAAGCUACAAUCAGAAUCUGUAUUUAUACUGGAGGAAUCCGAUGAGCAAUGAAGCUCUUUUUUCAAAGAUGUUCAGUGAGGGGCCGGUCAGAAAGUUACAACAAUACAAAAACACUGAGUGCAAAGUAUAGGAACGGUUAUCAAAUCACUAAAACUACAUUUAACUAUUUUUAUUCUACCAGGUGAAGCCUGCUGGGCUAUUAACUGCUGUUCCAGAAGCAACCUGGCCACACAUCAUAAGCUCAGCAAAGUAGCUUAUUACCCCGUGUAAAUGUUUAUCCACACAUGCGUGUCCUACUUUAAAACGACCAGUGGUUUUCUUGCGAAGUCAAAGUGAUUUUCUGUUCAAAUGAACAUUAGGGCACCGUCACCUAUUAGCAGCUCUGCAGAGCCAGCAGUGUUCAAUUUCCUAAAUCUAAUUUUUACUAUAUUAUAUAUUUUUAUUAUUUUAGCAGGCAAGGCCCACUGGGCUACGUAGCUCUUUCAGAAGCAACCUGCCUAUCACAAAUGAUAGCAUCUCGACAAAGUGGCAGAUGUCAUGAUCACGUGGAAAUGCAUCGCUAGGAAGAACAUUGUGAAUGUCGGGUUUCCUCCAAAACCUCUGCCCGUUCGACGGUGCCCACGUUGCAACGUCGUUGUGACGUCGUGACGUCGGUGUGACGUCGGUGCACCAUCGUGACGCCAUGCCAGAGGGGGAUUCAACAGCGGUGCAAUACGCGGGGCGAGCCACUGGGGGCGCCAGAUCUGUGCUAAGUGGAUUUCCCAUCACAUGUAUUUCUCAAAUGUUUUUUUUUGACAUUUUUUCGGUCAAAAUGCAACUAACUUUGAACGUCCGAAGAAAGAAAACACGAUGGGUUAAUAUUUCUGAGAAAUCGGCACAAAGCGUUUUUUACGUAUAUAAAACAAAAAUACCUACCUACUUUUCACCAAGCAUUCAACCAAUGCUUUUAGAGCACCGCACCUUCGCCGUAAGGUGAAAGAAUUUGCAUCGAGCACACCCCCCCCCCCCUCGUCCUGUGUGUCUGUGCCCCCAAUGCCACACUUACCCACGACCUUAAAAAACAACAAUAACACCGAGUGCCGAGAGGUCCCUUUCAACAGAACAAAAAAAGUGGUUUCUGGCCUCAAUUGGGCCCUUGCCUCGUCGCAAAGGUCAUCUCAUUAUCUACGGCGGCAAGUACGCAAGCGCUGGCGAUUAUCAACAGGACCUACCGGAUGGUGCCGGCCGUAUUGACGGUGGUGGUCACAGUCCCUCCUCUUCAGUGAGAUCUUGAGAGCUGAUCCAAGAGGGUUUUUCGUCCGACUCUUCAACCCUCUACCAGGUGUCGUGGAAGAGAGUUUGGGGUCGCCCACACUUUACCCCCCACCGCAGCCCGUGACCUACCGACCGACUCGCCGCGGUGCUUCCGUUCAUACCGCCCUCGGACAAAGGCGGUGGUGGAGAGGGUGGUCGGGGAUUUUAAGAAACGUUGCACCGUUGUUUCUAGCGCCGCGCCGGGGAGAUGGAAUGGAACCCGGCGUGACGUGUCUGCAACGCAAGUCCUGCGAGCGAGCGCUGUUGACCCGUUAAACCAGCACUGUGACGGCGCGGUUGAUGAUCGUUUUGGGUGAAUUCGGUUAUCGAGCGCCUAUUGCGCACGGACUCCCAAGCAGUGCGCAGAGAAUGCCGCUGAGCUGUUUUUGCUGCCUUUCCUCCCCGCUUCUACUCCUAUGUGUGUGUGGUUUUUUUCUAUCAAUUCCCACGUCUCACACCGUCGGGAGGGAUUUUUUUAAGACGUUGGCCUAUUCAGUGGCGAUUAUGCAAGCCAAGGGUGGAUGCCCGUUGAGAUAAUGUAUAUUUUUUACGAGUGUACCGGGAGAGUAUAAAUUUGUAUCGUAGAUUAGCUCCGUGUGAAACGUUAGGCUUUUAUAAGUACCCGACAUUUAUUCUUGUAACGUUGGAUUGAAGGAGUUGUGUGUACACACUUGCAUUGCGUACCGCGACACCGUGCGCACGCGUGCGUGUGUACGUGUGUGUGGCCUCAACGUGCACAUAGCCUGGCACAAGUGUCGUGGUGACGUCACAGCCACUUUGUGGCGAAUGGCGGUUGUUGUUGGCCUCAAUGUGCACCUAGCCUGGCACAAGUGCCGUGGGGACGUCACCGCCACUUAGUGGCUGAAUUGUUAUUGUUUAGGGGAGCGGUAGGGUAGUGGUAUGCGCACUGCACUACAAACCUGGCGGCCCGAGUCUUGUUAAUAUUAGCAGUGAAUAUAUAUUAACUCGGCCCUGGGGCCUCUCCUAGGUCGACUCGGCCUUAAAUGGAUAGCUGUCUCAGUGCGUAAAACGUCAGCACUGGGGGAGAUUAAAGUGAACGGGCGUGACGUUGACAAAACCAACCUCUCAUGCGUGGCGGUGGCCUUUAUAGGUGCUUGCUAACAGCGCUUGCCCCAAAAAACCUGCGGUAGGCUGUAUGUGUGGAAAUGAAAACGGGGCUUUGUUUUACUCUGGUUGAAAGGAAAAUAUAACAAGUUGAACGUUAGAAAUGUCAACAGCUAAAAUAGAAUUGGCCAAUCGGCACCCGCGCAAUUGCGGUCAUCGAAAAAGGACGCAGUGCUGGGUAAAUUGAGGAGUUAGUAAAUGUUUCGGAAUGACGGAUUUAACUUAGAAACAUAAAAUGUGUAAAGAAAUCGUACACACUUUUGGAUGAUGUAACGCGUAAAGUAUGGAAGCCAACGGGUAGCAGACAGGGCAAAAAAAAUGUAACUUUACAAAAUGUCCCUUUCGGUCUCCGGCGAAAUUUUGGGAAACCUUUUCAUCACUUUGCCCAUUGUUUAAUUGGAUAAGUCCCUGAACGACAACGCAACUUUACGCGAAAGUGUCACUCGUAUCGGAUCAUCUCUGAGGGCUCGUUAGAGACGGCUGCAGCUUAUUACAUUUAAGGUUUCGACCUUCGUUGCAAAGCGUUAACAAGGACGGGCUGGUAACUGUUUUUUUUCCUUUCAACAUCAUUAAUGUGUUUUUAAAAUCUCUCAAUCUCUUGUGCCUGAGUUGCAACAGCAACAGUUUGAACGUGUGAUACGAGCGGGCACAUUUCCAUUGCCCGUUUUUUUCCCACUUGCACAGCAAGAGCCGGGCUGGUUGCCGUGCCGACGCCGGAAGCGUGUCAGGAAGCACGGGUUGCGCUUUUCCACUGCGCGAGCCGUGCCGAGCCAUGCGGCCGACGUCAAAAUGCAUACGUAAUUAGCCCCGCCCCUCAGAAUAUAUAUUUAUUCUGGAUCAAAAUAAUUUCUACUGCAAGAGGAAUUCCAAUGACCUUAUGAAGCUCUUUUUUGCACAGAUAUCCGGUCGUGACAGGCCAGAACGCCGCCACAAGCAACAAACGAUACAAAAAACCACGAUAGGUUUCUGCUUGAUAAUGGGUUUUUUACCCUUUUAUCUGGCAACAAAACUGACACCUUUUUUACAAGGAGUCAUGUUUGCAUAGACCACAAUACCUGCAGUCAUAAUGCAAACAAAAAACACAACUCUGAUAAUGUAUGCACUGUCCUUGAAGUUGAUUGG